AACAGCGCAGUACUGACAGACAGACAGGCAGGCAGGCAGGCAGACAGACAGACAGACAGACAGGCAGGCAGGCAGGCAGGCAGGCAAGCGGACAGGUAUACAGAAGAGCCGGAAGAACGAGCAGGUCCGACUUGUCCCGAUAGUGUUUUGUCCAAAGCUAGUCCAGGUGUUUCUUACAUUACAACUCUCCCCACUGCCUCUUUUUUUUUUUUGUAAACACGAUUCAUUUAUGAAAGUGAAGCGGGCACCGGAGGAAACAUGACCGAGCAAGGGAAGAAGCUGAUCCUGGUCGUGGUGGAUAUUCUUUGUGUGUUUUUUGCGGCUCUGCCCUCGGCCAUCCUGACGCUCAGCUUCAGCCCUUACCAGAGAGCAAUCUACUGUGAUGACAAGAGCAUCAGCCAUCCAUACAGGAGAGACACCAUCUCCCAUGGGGCCAUGGCUGCAGUCACCAUCACCUGCUCCAUAGUCAUUAUCACCACAGGAGAGGCCUAUCUGGUGCACACCAAACGUCUCCACUCCAACUCCCAGUUCAACCAGUACCUGUCUGCUCUCUACAAGGUGGUGGGCACCUUCCUGUUUGGAGGAGCUGCCAGCCAAUCACUGACAGAUCUUGCAAAGUUCACCAUUGGUCGUCCCCGUCCAAACUUCUUAUCAGUGUGUGCCCCAGUCACCUGUAACGGAUAUGUGCUGCAUAUCAACUGUACCGGCAACCCUCGCAAUGUGACCGAAUCCAGGUUAUCAUUCUACUCCGGCCACUCGUCCUUUGGGAUGUACUGCAUGCUCUUUCUGUCGCUCUACGUCCAGGCCAGGAUGCAGGGGAAGUGGACGCGACUGGUACGACCGACCAUCCAGUUCUUCCUGGUGGCGUUUGCGCUGUAUGUGGGAUACACACGUGUUUCUGACUACAAACAUCACUGGAGCGACGUCCUGGUGGGGCUUCUGCAGGGAGCUCUCAUCGCUGUGCUCACUGUUCGGUAUGUGUCAGACUUCUUUAAGCAGCGCCCCCCACCCUGCACACGACCAGACACAGCAGAGAUUGAACACCUUGAACGUAAACCAAGCCCACAGCCUCCCGACUCGCAGCAUGGAAACCACUACAACUAUUCUGGACCUGUAUGAGCACAUGACUGAACUCGCCACAGCUUCUCUUACUAACCUGGGCCUUCACAAUAUAACAGCAGCACUGUUACCAAAGGACAUGUGACUUGCAAAGAAAAAAAAAAACAAAGACUCAUUACAGUAACCACUAGCUGGUAAUUCAGACUAGACUUGCUUCACUCUGGGACUCCCCAACAAUUUUUCAGCUGGAAAAACUCAAGAGAGGCUCCAUCGUCUGUAUGUCUUUCAUUUUGGGUGUGUGUGUUUCAAUCACAAUUGAUUUGUGGUGUGGUUUUGUGUACAUGUGAAGCAUGUUGGUCUGUUCGUGUGCAAUGAUUAUAUGCAUAUAUUUUUAUGAUUUUUUUUUUCUGUGCCGAGUUUAGGAGAAGAAUAUUUCAGAUUUGCGCAGGAGAAUUUAUGCUGUGAGUUUGACUGAAAAGUGAGCAAAGACUGCAGAGAUAUCUGUAAAAAUUUCUAAAAUGCCAACGUAAGAAUUUUCUGUCCUUCAUGAAGUGACAGAACCUGGGAGGCUGAAUGUUUUCUACUUUGUUACAAUCAGAUAAGGCUGUUGUUAUUUUACCUACACUGGAGCUCGAUUAUAUCCUGUCCUGCACACUUUUAUCUAUAUAUUACUGUUGUUAGAAGAUAUGCAUGUGUAAUGAUGGGCUGCUUUAACUGCCAUUUAAAGACACCAUGUAUAGUCCUAACCUUUUUAUUUUGUUUAUAACUACUCUUAUCUAAUAAAUUGUGUAACUUUUAAGAAUGUA